CCUCUGAGCGCCCGGCCCGCCCCCGCCCGCCCGGCCGAUGUCCCCAGCGGUCACCCCAGGGCCCUGGUCAGACAGGCUGCGGUGGAGGACUUGCCGGGUCCCCCGACCGGAGAGAUGCCGACCCCCCCAGAGGACCCGGAUGGGAAGACUGCUGCCGGGGAGGGGGCGGCCAGCAAGGGCCAGGGCGCGGCAAGGAAGCGGAGCCCGAGGAAGCUGAAGAUGUUCUCCCAGGAGAAGUGGCAGGUGUACGGGAACGAGACUUUCAAGAGAAUCUACCAGAAAAUGAAAGGCAGCCACCAAGGAGGCAAGCAGGCAAGGGAGGUGACAGGGGCCAGUGGGGCUGAGCUGGACCGCCCUCUGCAAGAAGAGGCAGCAGGGAGCAAGGGUGCAGCCCCAUCCCAGGAUGCAAGGAGGACCCCUGUCCCAGGGGACACGUCUUUGGGGGCCAAGCCAGCACCUUCGGCAAGUCCGCCAGCCCUGGAGGGCUUCUUGGUGACCCAGCCCCCAAAGCAGAGGGAGACAGUGGCCAGAGGGGGAGGCAGUGACCAGCCAGGGGUGAACGCCCUCAGCUGCAGGGAACCCCCCUGUCUGGGCGACAAGAGCCCUCUGCUUCCUCCAAAUAGGGGGCUGGAGCUGGGGUCUCAGCUGGCCCCAGAGCUUGGUCCCCCACAAGGAGGUGAGCUAGAGGCUUCCAGGCCAGGUUUGCCAGACCCCAAGCUGGAAGGCAGCACCCACGGUAGUAGUGGCCCAAAGGAGACCUGUCAGCGGGCUCACGUUGUCCCGAGAUGGCCCGGCGAUAGCUCUGGGGAGCCCCAGCCCACAGAGGACAAGCUCCCCUCGGAGAGGAAGAAGCUGAAGGUGGAGGAGCUAAGCUGCCAGGAGCCCCUGAGAGCAGGAGGAGAGACCCCUGGGGGUCCUGUGCAACCCACCUCCCCACCUGCUCAGAACCAGGACAAUGAUCCCAGGGAGAAGCCAGGAGAGCUGCCUGGAAGUGGUGACUGCACAGUGAGGGUUAGGGCUGGGCGACAGGGCGAGCCUGGGGAAGCUUCCAGCGCCUCCCCUGAAGUUGCUUCUGGGGCCCUAAGGCACGUGGGGCCACAGAACAAGGAUUCUCUGCUGUGUCCUACAGCCCCCAGGGGUCCCUCCCCGGCAGCCAUGCAGCCUCGGACUCCCAGCAUCCUCACUGCUCCAGUGGAUACCUCUUUUCUUCCUCAGUACCUCCUCAGAUUACCCCAGGGAGAGACCCACCCCCCACCUCCCAUCACCCAGAAGCCAGACCAGGGCCCAGACCCUCUCUGCAGGAGCGGGUACCUGGAGGAACGGGCAUCCUUUGUCGGAUCAGGGCUGGGGGCCCUCUUGCCUCCCUGCCCAGCUUUAAGCCAGGUCCCAGGUGGAGCAGACAGCUUCUGGGAGGACCCCAGCUGGUCCGGGCCACGGGACAGGAGAAAGCGGGUGCUGGGAGAGGAGAAAGGGGGCCUGGACACUGGCCUCCCAGCAGCCGGGGCCCCCAGGAGGGCGGCCUCCUUCCUGCCCACCCCAGUGUGUGACUCCCGAGGGAGUGAGACCCACGACACCCAAGCACUCUGCGGGAGCAGCACUGCGGCAAGAGCCUGCCCCUCUGGGGGCAUCCUGAGCCCCUGGGAACCCAACAAGGAGUUGAGGGGUCCUCCUGAGAGUGUCUCGGCAGAAGAAAGUCCUUCUUCUCCAGAGCGGCCAGCAGGGCUCAGUCCAUGCUGCUCCCGCCAGCCCAGCUCCUUCCUCUCAGCCCUCUCGGCCCCACGCCGGCCUCAGCUGGCCGUGGGUGCCCAGGCAGAGACUCUGGGGCUCAGCGGGGCCCAGGGCCCUUUCCCCUCAUUGAGGGCCGAACCCCGGCUCACGUGGUGUUGCUUAAGCCGCAGCCUCCCUCUGCCUAUGGAGCAGAAGGAGAAGGAUGCUUCCGUGUACCUGGCGCUGCACUUCCCUGGUGACAGCCCCCCAGAGGAGGGUCCGGACGCCCGGCCGGUGAGCAAGGCUGUGUCUGGAGGAUGGCCCAGGACCAGGCCCGGAAGAGGAGGGCAGACGCAGAUGUUGAAGCUCUCCGACCCAGCAGUCCCCGCGGUGACAUCCCAGGACCGGGUGUCCGAGCCAAGAUGGAAGAAAGCACUGCCUCGCAGGAGGGCGAAGACACUUCGUGGGAGCAGCAGGCAGAGAACCCUGAGCAUCGUCUCCAAAAGGUACACAGGGAGUUUCUUGCAAAGCCGCGCUCAGCUGAGAGCCAGGAAGCCACACUGGGUGCUGAGAAAAGACUGCCGCCCACCCCCAGUCGAGGGGCCAGCCCCACGCAGGACCCGCGGGCAGGCUUCUGCAGGAAUGGCAGGUAAGGCUCUCCUCGGAGAGGAAUCCACCGAGCUGCUGGGGACGCGACGUGAGCCUGAGGCAGCCGUCCUUGCUGUCUGGAGCCUGAAGUCCCGCAGGGGGACAGAUGCGCGUGGGAUGAUGACACCAGUGUUACGUCUGUGGGAUGGUCGUCGAGACCCUAAGCCAGCGGAGAGGGGCUGGGGUGGGAAUAUGUAGAAUCCAGCACUGAGGAGGCAGCAAACCUCCCCAUGUACUGGCCGCGUGUGCCGGGCGCCGCCCAGACAGAGCUCACCCCGGGGCCUGGAAAAUGUGAGUCAGAACUCUUGAGCCUCCACCUUUCCCUCACCUU